AUGAAUGUUCUGGAAACGAGGAGAUCCUUGUUGGAAGACCUUGAAAUUAUUGAAAACGCUAUAGCAAUAAGAAUUCAGCGGAAUCCAGAGCUAUAUUAUCACUAUAUACAGGAAUCAUGCAAGGUAUUUCCUGACGUUAAACUACCCAAACCGUCACUAAUCGCUGAAAACAAAAUUUACAAACUUAAAAAAGUCAAGAGGAAUAGAAAACAGGUAAUUUUACAACAGCAUGAGAUUGAUCUUUUUCUUCGAGACUAUCAUGAGAAACAAAAAGCCUUCAAUGAAAGCAAUAAUCUAGAAGGUGUAGAGGAGGACGACAAAGAGGUGGAUCGCUUCGAACAAAAUUUACAAGAGCUGGAAGAGAGACUGAAAAAUGAGGACGACAAUUUUCAGCUGGAUAUAAAUUUAACAAGGAGCAAAUAUGCCCUAUUCUCAUCUUCUGCUGAUCCAUCAAAACGCACCAAUAUACUAUCCGAAAGAGCCAGAGAUUUAGACCUGAAUAAGAUAUUUACCAGAGACGAGCAAUAUGGCGAAUAUAUGGAGCUAGAUCAAUUUCAUUAUUUAUGGUUGAACGUGAUUAGGCGAAGCGAUUGUUCCUUGCUGCAAUUUUUCAACAUAUUGGAAUUAUUCGUAGACGAUAAGAAAUUUUUGCUAACACCACCGAUGGAUCGCAAAAAUGAUAGGUACAUGGACUUUUUGAUGAGGCUAAGCAAAUAUCUAGAAACCUUUUUCUUCAAAAGUUAUGUGUUGUUUGAUAAAGAGAUGGUUGAAAAUUCUAUCGAAUCUGACUUUGAAAAUUCAUACUGUAAGGGAUUGGUGAGAUCUGAGGCAAAGGGUAUCUAUUGUCCUUUUUGUUCCAAAUGGUUCAAGACGUUUCCUGUUUUCGAAAAUCACCUAUCAGGGAAGAACCACAAGAAAAAUGAAGCCAAAAGGAAAAAUACUGUGUACUCUGAAUACAAACUGCAUCGAUAUUUAAAAUACCUCAAAGAUGAGUUUUUCCACACGAGAAGUUUUAUUGAAAGAAAAUUGGCAUUUACGGCAAACGAAAGAAUGGCAGAAAUGGAUAGCUUAACGGAGAAGUACGAGGCACCUGCAUACGAUCAUACUGAAGGGGAGGGUGAUGGACAGUGUGAUGCAGGUCGAAAAGGCGAUUUAUUGCAAGAAAAACAACCCUUCGGUAAAUCAUUCGACAUGCCACUGGGCCCCGACGGAUUGCCUAUGCCAUACUGGUUAUACAAACUACAUGGACUUGACAGAGAGUACCCCUGUGAAAUCUGUGCCAAUAGAGUUUAUAACGGACGCCGAACUUUUGAAAGACAUUUUAAUGAGGAGGCGCAUCUCUAUCACUUACGAUGCCUGGGCAUCGAACCUUCGCCAGCAUUCAAAGGCAUAACAAAAAUUGCAGAGGUACAAAAGCUAUGGAAGGAUAUACAAAAUCAGCAUCGAUCUGGAAGCUCUACUGCGGUCGCACUCACAAAGAAAAGUCCUUCGCAGCCAAAACUCCCUACUGGACUGGAGCUGGAAGAAGAAGAUGAAGAAGGAAAUGUAAUGAGCAAGAAGGUCUACGAUGAACUCAAGAAGCAGGGCCUGGUGUGA